AUGGAACCAGGACAGCAGCCAAGCAGUGGCGGCGCUGGAGGGACUGGCAUUAUCCGUGACUUGUCAUCGAGUCCGGAGCUAAUUCGACAGCCAGCCGGUCACGUACGCCGUCGUCUGCCCCAGACUCGCCGUUGGUCAUGGAGAUUCCGGAUGCCCUCGACUCAUUCCAUGAUCACACGCUCACGAGCCCGCCGUGGACAGUCCAGUUCCCUACCUGCUCGCUUGUAUUCCUUCAUUUCCCGAGUACCAGGUCCCUCGGCCGCAGUCGAGUCGUCUCAGGAUGACAGCGACAUAGUCGAUAGCGUGGCAGAGGCUGACAUGAUCUCUUCCCACGGGUUUCUGCCCACCCCUCGUUGCCAUGAAGGUCGAGGAUGGUCCCCAUGCCACCCACAGACACAACACUUCGCCAUCUACGAAGAUCCCUCAGACCAGCCAACACCCCAGAUUCGCACGCCAAUCCCAUAUUCCGACUCAGAUGAGGAGAAGGAGAACUCAUAUGGCCCUUCCGAAUCUGACGAGGAAGCAGCGAAUACCGACGCUGUUGCCAACCCUGAUGUGGCGGAUAGGCUUGUUCGACCUGAUAUCCAAACCAUGCUGUGGGGUUCUGACAAUAAUGAGCUGGAACAAGACCGAGAUCAAACCGCGUCCGAGAUCAUGCUCCAUGAUCUCCAGGAACUUGGCUUGUUGGAUCGGUUUGGUGGAAGCGGACAAGACGAGAACCCGGAUAUUGCCUGGUGA